AAGUCACUCUUUAUUCAAACAAUAUUGAAGGAGGCUCUGGGACGCUGUAACCCCCUUGUCUUAUAGGUGCGAUACCCAUGUGUUAUCGCCUAUAAUUACUGUCGUUAUGUGGGAGUCACAGGUGUAGAUGCGUCAUGACCGCGGCAGGCAGGCCCGCAAUCGAGUGCCCCCGGUUGAAUUCACAAGGCGUGAUGCUGCGCGGUACAUCACCAGUACGCGUACGCGUUCCAAAGGCAUUUCACUGCGGUACACUAGGCCGAGGGGCUCGCAGCCCAGAAUGUUCCCCCGAGUGCGCAGUCCCUACGAAGAUACUUAAAAGGGGGGUACUAGUACUAGGCUAGUCAUUAUCGAUUAUCCUCGACUCAACAUCCUCAUCCGCUGCACCAACCAAACUUUAUGGAAAAUUCUAAAGUCCUCGUUAUCGGAGGUUCACGAAAUAUAGGCUACUACUCUGCUGUUCGGCUCCUUGCUCUCGGCGCGACUGUUACAUUCCUCCUGCGAUCACCACAAGUCUUCGACCAAGAUGAUACAAUCCAAAACUACAUCAAGGAAGGUAAAGCCCGCCUCAUCCAAGGCGAUGCACUCGUGAAGGACGAUAUUCGCCGGGCAUGGUCCGAGGCUCAGGUAGACGACACCAGACCAGUCGACUUUCUCAUCUUCACAGUUGGGGGAAUACCCCAGUUCUCAUUAACAAAAGGCUUCACCAUGACCCCACCAAACCUCAUCACCCAAUCUCUCAUUAACGUCCUCGAAACUCUCCCAUCACCACACCCAAAGAUAAUAGCAGUCUCAUCUGCAGGCCUCACGCAGGCCUCCCACAAAUCACUUCCCCUCCCUCUCAAACCACUCUAUCGCUACUUCAUAUCCGUACCGCACAAAGACAAACGCGGAAUGGAGGAGGUCAUAGCUCACAGCGCUGGGCGGGAGUGGGAUGCAAGAGAUAGCGCAGGUGAUGAGAUUCUCGGUGUUGGUUGGACAAGCCGUGUCCCAAAUAUUGGAGAACUUAAGAGUAUCGUCAUCAUCCGACCCGCGCUGUUAACUGACGGAGUGUGUCGCGCGGACGUAAAAGGCGAAGGAAGCGAGGCGUACAGAGUGAAAGAAGGGGAUCUAGAGAGCAGUUGGACGGUUUCAAGAAGGGAUGUGGCACAUUUUAUCGUGGAGGGUGUGGUGAAGCAUUGGCAGGAGUGGGAGGGUAAAUGUGCAAGUAUUGCGUAUUAGCUAUCGUUAUAUUUUU